GGGGGUAGCUCUCACCCUCACUCUAACAUCUACUACCAACCUCUGCCAGCUCUUGGUGUCAUUUGGUGUUUGGAUUAUUUGACUUUGUGUGUGUUUGUGUGAUACUUGAACUGUAUUGAAAAGAUGGCAUCAGCAAAUGAUUCCAAGUGGCAGAAGGAUGCCGCAGACCAGAACUUUGAUUAUAUGUUUAAACUGCUCAUCAUAGGAAAUAGCAGUGUGGGAAAGACUUCCUUCCUGUUCCGAUACGCUGACGAUUCGUUUACGUCAGCUUUCGUCAGUACUGUCGGCAUUGACUUCAAAGUAAAAACUGUGUUCAGACAAGACAAGCGGGUCAAACUCCAGAUAUGGGAUACGGCGGGCCAGGAGCGAUACCGCACUAUCACGACAGCCUACUACAGAGGUGCUAUGGGAUUUAUCUUAAUGUACGACGUCACAAACGAGGAGUCCUUCAACGCUGUCAUGGACUGGUGUACACAGAUAAAGACUUACUCAUGGGACAAUGCCCAGGUUGUGCUGGUUGGCAAUAAAUGUGACCUUGAAGAUGAGAGGGUCGUAUCCACGGAGAGAGGGAAGCAGUUAGCAGAUCAGAUAGGUUUAGAAUUUUUUGAAACUUCAGCAAAGGAGAAUAUAAAUGUGAAGGCGGUGUUUGAACGCUUGGUGGACAUCAUCUGUGACAAAAUGUCUGAGAGUUUGGACCAGGAUCCUUCCCUUGUAAACAGUCAGACCAAAGGAACACGACUUACUGAGAAUCCCAAUCCAGAGAGUGGCAGUUGUCAGUGCUAGGGACUUAAUCCCUCCUACCCUCUCCCGGGCAUUCUGAACUGUAAUUAGUGACACCCAUCAUAAAUAUUACGCUGAAAAAAAAACUCAUCUACUCUAUAAGAACUGUUGUAUGAACGGCAUAGUGCAAUUGAUGGAUUGAGAAUGUUAUGCAAUAUAUUCUAGUAUUAAGGAGUUGUUGUUCUUGUUAGGGUAGUCUAAUGUCAGGAACUGUUUGUAUAUCUCCCUACUCUGUAUUCCUAGGAAGCACAUUAUUAAUCAAAGCAUGAUGUAUAAAAUGUUAUUGCACAUUUCUCACAAUUUAGUUUUACAAAGUGUGGAUGAUAUUUUUUGAAGUAUGGAGAUUUUUUAGUUAUGUGUUAAAAUUCAUCAGAUAGAGAGAUUAUCAUUUUUACGCAAUUUAUGUCUGAUUUUAUGACCUACAUGAAUGUUCCAGUCAUUGACAGCUGAGGGUGGUCCCUAUAUAGAGUUCUUGUGAUCAACUUUGUGAUGUAUUAAUCAAAUUAAUGUUGAUGUAUGUGAUUGAAACCAAGUCUCUACUUAGGGAAAAAACCCCAUCCAGAAUCUCUUAUAUCAUUUUGCUUAACAGUUUGCAAAGUUUAUGUUACUUAUUUUUUGAUUUGUUAUUUAAAAAAAGACAUAUGUUAGACUAAGUUUGUAUUUUGUUUAUAUUUUUGGUGACAUUCCAACAGCAGGGUGUUCAUGUAGCAUUUCUUGGUUUACAAUGGCUUUGUCUCAUGAGACAGGUGCUUCCAAGAGAUUAGGUUCACAGAUGUAUAUCUAAAGAAAUCCAAAAGGUAGUCAUACAACACUACCAAGUUCAAGCAAAAGGACAUAAAGGUGCUCACACUAAGCUGUUAACAUUUGGUCUUUAUUUAAAGAAAUCCCAAAAGUUAAAUCCGUUUACAUUCAUAAGAAAUCCACAUGUACCUUAUACUUAUUAUGGCUACAGAUUCUGAUGCUUUGCUCUCCAGAAAUCUUAUGUAUUAGAAUCUUUGGUUGUGGUGUAUUUAUAUCAGUUAUAUAUUAUGUUUAUAUGUUUACUGUUGUUUAUAUUUUUGUUAAUUAUUUCUACAUAUAUACAUGCAUGUAAAUGUUAUAUACAUUCCAAAGUUUAUCUCUUUACUGUGGUUGUGAAUUUUGUUUCUGUUUUAUGCUCAUUAAUUUAAUCUGAAUUGAAGCCAAUAUCCCGAAACCAAAUUGUAAAGCUAUAGGAAAACCUCCAUCUGUAAUUUAGGUAGCUGCUGAGAGAUCAGAUACUAAGUAAUUAAUCUGCAUUGUUGUUGUCAAAUUCCAUAAGGCUGCUAGGGUAUGUGAAUCAUUGGGUCCUUCCAUUUUGUCAGUGUUUUAAAAACAUUGAAAUUCUUGUUUUGAGAAACAUGGAUGGAAUUGCUUUUGUAUUACAUGUUCUAAUUCAUAAUAAUGAUUGAAGAUAUUACUGACAUUGUAUUUUAAAUAUUUUUCUGAUGAGUAGAAAAAAGGAAUUAUUUUGUGUAGAAUAGAGGUCAUUUGCAUAUUUUCAAUGGAUUUGAGUAAAGUUUUUACAGUAAAUCUAAAUGCUGAAUACAUUUAAGACACAAUCUGUAUUGUAUGUAAAUCAUACAUCGUUAAAACUUUUGACAAAUUUCUCAUUAUUAUGGAAGGAAUGAAGCCUGAUGUCAUGGUGACAUAUAUGAGAGGUCUUUCCGCUCUGUAGAAUCUCAGCACUGUAGUAGCCUCUUGUGUAUGUUUGUUUGUCUGUGUGUUUGAUCAGACUAGAUCUUGUUAAUCAAUAGUAACAGACCAAUAAACUGGUAACAGUG